GAGGUAAACAGAAGCAACUUCCGUAAUUUAGUUAAUAUGAAAAUAAACUGACCAAGCCUGUCCAGCAGUGGUUUGAGUGCAGUCUUCCAAAAUGGGGUACCUAGAUUGUCUCAUUUUAGCUGCUUUGCUGACCGUCACAUCGACACAGUUUGUACCACCGUACACAGAAGAAUGUCGGACAGGCAUGUAUCCACCAAAUGGACCAACGUUCAAAGGUCCUGUCAGUUGGUACACAGUGGAUCUGGACUUACCACCCAUCAAGAGAUGGACGCCUGUGAUCGCUGACAAAAAAAGUUAUCUGGUCAGCAUGAUUCAAGCGAUCAGAGACUUGGCAGAUGCAUUUGUUCCCAGUGGUAAGCUGAUAGAGCUGGUGGACAUCACACUGCCUUUAAUGGUUGACUCACUACCAAGUCCGUUUGGUGAUGAAAUAAAAGGAAUUGCAGCUGAUUCAGGGGUUCCUCUAGGUGAAGUUGUCCUGUUUAACAUCUUCUACGAGGUGUUCACUGUUUGCACGUCAGUUGUUGCAGAAGAUGACAAAGGUAACCUCUUUCAUGGCAGAAAUUUAGAUUUUGGAUUAUUUAUGGGCUGGGAUGUGAAAAACAAGUCAUGGACCAUCAGUGAGAAGCUGAAGCCUCUAGUGGUCAACCUCGACUUCAAGAGAAACAAUCAGACGGUCUUUAAGUCUACAAACUUUGCUGGAUAUGUUGGCAUGCUCACAGGCAUCAAACCUAACAUCUUCACUCUGACUAUGAACGAGCGCUUCAGCCUUGAUGGAGGAUACAUUGGAAUCCUGGAGUGGAUUUUGGGACAAAGAGAUGCGAUGUGGAUGAGCUUUCUCACUCGAUCUGUCCUAGAACAUGCAAACAGCUAUGAGGAAGCCAAAAGUCAGCUGGCUCAGACCAAGCUACUUGCCCCAGCCUACUUCAUUCUUGGAGGAAACCAAACUGGGCAGGGCUGCAUCAUCACCAGGUCCAGGGUGCUCAGUAUUGAUAUCUUGGAAAUUGACCUGAAGCAAGGCCGGUGGUAUGUCCUGGAGACAAACUACGACCACUGGAAGGAGCCUUUUUUCCUGGAUGAUCGCAGGACUCCUGCCAUGAAGUGCAUGAAUCAGACUGCACAGAGUAACAUUUCACUCAGCACACUGUACGAUAUGCUCUCGACCAAACCAGUUUUAAACAAGCUGACCACAUAUACAACUCUGAUGCAAGUGUCCAAAGGCAAAUUGGAAUCGUACAUCCGGGACUGCCCGAACCCGUGCAUGCCCUGGUGAUCCUCCUAACACUGAGUCUUGAUUAGUUUGAAUAUGUUUAUGUGCACAGAGAAAAGCUUCACUGAUUAAAACACUGUCAUUGGUUGUUCAGACUGCAAACACUUUGAGAACACCAAAUUACUUUGUUAUGAGGGAAAUUAACACCAAAGUGAAUCAAACCUGUAAAUGUUUCUACUGUUUAUUUACUGUAAUUAUAUUUGCAAGAAAAUCCAACACUUGUUAAGCGAUAGUUCAGUAAAUGUAAGAUAUUGAUGUUUUAUCAAAGUUAAUAUGCAGAUUAAGGCUUUCUGUCCAUUUUUACUUACUGAUACUAACGAAUGAAUUGAUACUGACCAUUUCCUUUUUUAAUGAUUAAUAAAAGUAUUCCCAAAUUU